AUGACACACAGAUAUCAAUUUGAAGUUGUUGAUCGGUCACUCAAGGAUUUAAUGGGGAACGACUUGCCGUUUGGGGGGAAAAUUAUUGUGUUCGGUGGUGAUUUCAGACAGGUUUUACCGGUGGUUCGAAAUGGAACUAAAGCUCAAAUGAUUGACGUAUCUUUUGUCAAGUCCCCUAUGUGGAGACACAUUCGUAUUUUGCGUUUGAGAGAAAAUAUGAGAUCACGAGAUGAUAACGGCUUUGCUAAUUUCUUACUCUCAGUUGGGAACGGUAAUGAACCUACUGUUUCAGAUCAGAUGAUAAGGUUACCAACUGGCAUGAUUAUACCAACAGUGGCAGAUAGUUCGAUCGAGGCUUUGAUCGACCAAGUCUUUCCGAGUUUAAGUGAGCACGUUGGUGAUGGAAAUUUUAUAGUUGAAAGGGCAAUCAUCAGACCCCUAAACGAAGACGCUGAUAGGAUAAAUAAUAAGGUUGUCGAAAAGUUUCUCGGAGAAGGAAAAACGUACUAUUCGUUUGACUCUGUUCCUGAAGAUAAGAGAAAUUUGUAUCAACAAGAGUUUUUGAAUUCGAUUUCUGCGUCGGGAUUGCCUCCUCAUGCUCUCACCCUGAAACCUGGGGUACCUUUAAUGCUUUUGAGAAAUAUUGAUCCUAAACAUGGUCUUUGCAAUGGAACACGGUUUCUUUGCCAUUCAUUAAAGGACAAUUUCAUUGAUGCUGAGAUAUUAACCGGACAUUCUAGGGGAAACAGAGUGUUUUUGCCAAGAAUUCCCUUGAAAACCGCUGAAGAUAUAAAAUUGCCAUUCGAGAUGGUCAGAAAGCAAUUUCCUGUGAAGUUGAGUUUUGCCUUGACUAUCAACAAGUCUCAGGGACAAACUAUUCCACAUGUUGGCAUAUACCUCCCUGAUCAUGUAUUUAGCCACGGACAGCUAUAUGUGGCAUUAUCACGAGGAAUUUCAGAGAACACAACAAAGAUUGUGGUAGAAAAGGGAAAGGUUCAAGGUUGUGAAGGCAUAUUCACUAAAAAUAUUGUGUACAAAGAAGUUUUGUUGUCUUAUGAUUAG